AUGGCGCCCUGGGCGUUCAUCAGCCCCGGGGUCGUGGUGCGGACCGGGCACACUGUGCUGACCUGGGGGAUCACGCUGGUGCUCUUCCUGCAUGAUACCGGUGAGCCAGACCCCGCGCGACCCCGGACCCACCCGAUCCCGCAUUCCGAGAAUCAAUGUCUCCCCAUCGCAGAUGCCAGACCUGGGAAACACUUCCCCACCUCCAGCUGCCCCACCCCCACACCCUUCCAUUUGGCCGUGCUCCAGCCUCACUCCUGUCCUCUGGCCUCUCCAGAGCUGCGGCAAUGGGAAGAGCAGGGGGAGCUGCUCCUGCCCCUAACCUUCCUACUCCUGGUGCUGGGCUCCCUGCUGCUCUACCUGGCUGUGUCGCUCAUGGACCCGGGCUACAUGAAUGUUCAGCCCCAGCCCCAGGAAGAACUCAAGGAGGAGCAGAUGGCCAUGGUUCCUCAGGCCACCCCCCUUCGGCGCUGCAGAUACUGCCUGGUGCUGCAGCCACUGAGGGCCCGGCACUGCCAUGAGUGCCACCGCUGUGUCCGCCGCUAUGACCACCACUGCCCCUGGAUGGAGAACUGUGUGGGGGAGCGCAACCACCCACUCUUCGUGGCCUACCUGGCGCUGCAACUGGUGGUGCUUCUGUGGGCCCUGUACCUGGCAUGGUCCGGCCUCCGGUUCUUCCAGCCCUGGGGGCUGUGGCUGCGGUCCAGUGGCCUCCUAUUUGCCACAUUCCUGCUGCUGUCUCUCUUCUCAUCAGUGGCCGGCCUGCUCCUGGCCUCGCAUCUCUACCUGGUGGCCAGCAACACCACCACGUGGGAGUUCAUCUCCUCACACCGCAUUGCCUACCUCCGCCAACGCUCCAGCAACCCCUUCGACCGCGGCCUGAUCCGCAACCUGGCCCACUUCUUCUGCGGAUGGCCCUCGGGGUCCUGGGAGACCCUCUGGGCUGAGGAAGAGGAGGACAGCAGCCAGGCUGUUUAGGGUCACUGGAGGCAGAGCUGCCAUCUUGUGCCUGAAACCAGAGGAGCUGUACCCAGUGGGGUCUGCCCCUCAGAAGGCCCGGGGCUCCUCACUCCUGCCCACUUCCUCCCAGGCCUCAGAGCAGAGCAUAAGGAUAGAAUCUCUGCCUCAG